UACCCACCCGUAUACAGACGCUCAAGAAAUAGUGUGGGUUUGAGUUAGGAGGACCGAAAGCUGUAGCUGAUAUCAUGGCCGGUUGGAGAAUCACGUCAUUUCUCACGCGUUCCUUGAACACUUGUUCCUCUCUUCGUCUAAUCUCCGGCGGUGGGACUUCGAAUUUUUGUGGAAGGAUUCAUAGAUUAAGCACCGCUGCUGCUCUUGAAGAGCCAAUUAAGCCUCAUGUCUCUGUUGAGCACACACAACUCCUCAUCAAUGGACAAUUUGUUGAUUCAGCUUCGGGCAAAACUUUUCCUACCUUAGACCCCAGGACGGGUGAGGUGAUUGCGCAUGUUGCCGAAGGGGAAGCAGAAGAUAUCAACAGAGCAGUCUCUGCUGCUCGAAAGGCUUUUGAUGAAGGCCCUUGGCCAAAAAUGACUGCUUAUGAAAGAUCAAAAGUAAUGCUGCGAUGUGCUGAUCUGAUUGAGAAGCACAAGGAUGAAGUUGCAGCACUUGAAACUUGGGACAAUGGAAAACCAUUUCUACAGUCUUCUAAUGAUGAAGUUCCCAUGCUUGUACGCUUAAUCCGCUAUUAUGCUGGAUGGGCUGAUAAAAUUCACGGUAUGACCGUCCCUGCUGAUGGACAAUAUCAUGUUCAAACUUUGCAUGAGCCAAUUGGUGUUGCUGGACAAAUCAUCCCUUGGAACUUUCCUCUUCUCAUGUUUGCGUGGAAGGUUGGGCCUGCAUUAGCAUGCGGAAAUACCAUUGUUUUGAAGACAGCUGAAAAGACACCUUUGUCAGCUCUCUUCGUUGCGAAGCUCUUCCAUGAGGCUGGACUGCCUCCGGGUGUUCUUAAUGUCGUCUCUGGUUUUGGUACAAAAGCUGGUGCUGCUCUCUGCAGUCACAUGGACGUGGAUAAGCUUGCAUUCACAGGUUCAACGUCAACUGGGAAGGUUGUGCUCGAAUUAGCUGCCAAAAGCAAUCUUAAACCUGUGACACUGGAACUUGGUGGAAAAUCACCUUUUAUUGUUUUUGAAGAUGCUGAUGUGGAUAAGGCUGUUGAAGUGGCCCACACGGCUCUCUUCUUCAACCAGGGACAAUGUUGCUGUGCUGGGUCUCGGACAUUUGUCCAUGAGAGUCUCUAUGACGAAUUUGUAGAGAAAGCAAAGGAACGUGCUAUGAAUCGUACAGUUGGUGACCCAUUCCAUGCAGAAACGGAACAAGGUCCUCAGGUUGAUUCAGAACAGUUCGAAAAGAUCCUGAAGUAUAUUAGAUCAGGAAUUGAUGGUGGAGCAACCCUUGAAGCUGGAGGUGAUAGGCAUGGCACUAAGGGCUACUACAUUAAGCCAACGGUUUUCUCCAAUGUUACAGACAACAUGCUGAUAGCAAAGGAUGAGAUAUUUGGUCCCGUGCAAUCAAUCUUGAAAUUCAAGGAUAUUGAUGAAGUAAUCAGGAGAGCAAAUGCGUCUAAGUAUGGUCUUGCUGCGGGGGUCUUUACACAAAACAUUGACACUGCAAAUACAAUGAUGAGAGCUUUGAGAGUUGGGACAGUAUGGAUUAAUUGCUUUGAUACCUUUGAUGCUGCCAUCCCUUUUGGAGGGUAUAAGAUGAGUGGACAUGGAAGGGAGAAGGGAGAAUACAGUCUCAAGAACUACUUACAGGUCAAGGCGGUUGUCACUGCAUUGAAGGACCCAGCUUGGCUAUGACCAUCCUCUUCUCACAUCAAGCUAGGGUUAAUUCAAUAGUGAUGAUGAUGAAAUAUUGCCUUUUGUUUCAAUAACACUUGUCAUGUUGAGUAUUCGUUAUACUUUUGCUUUUAGUUUAAACAUCCAUUUGCUGUGCUGAACACAUAAAGGUUCAGUUUGUGCAGCAAUGUGGAAAUAAUACAGAUUGUAUUUAUGCUCAAUAAAUAUCCUCUCUCUCUCGUUCUGUUUUUGAAAGGUUUAAUUUACACCUGUUAUUACAAAAAAA